AUGGGGCCUGCAGUGGAGUGGCAGGGACGUUUCAGGGCAGUGUGGAAGGAUGCUGGGAGGUCAGUGCUGCAGCAGGGAGCAGCGGCAGCAGUGGCCCGAGUGGUAGCGCUGGCGCUCAUGCCACAAACGUUGACAGUGGGGCGGGCAGUGGGGCGGGCAGAGGACUCAGGCCCAGCAGGCACAGCAGCUGUGGCCCACAGCGACGGCCAGGGGAGGGCAGCAGCAGGGAAGCGAGCCGGUGCAGUGGCGGUCAGUUGCCUUGGUGGGGAUGAGGAUGAUUCGUCCCGAUGCUCUGCAGCAGUUGGAGAGGCAACGAGGCAUGAGGAGAGGAGGAGAGAGGGCCAAGUGGAGGAAGAGCAGGGGUGUGAUGAGAUGGCGGAGCAGGGGUGUGAUGAGAUGGCGGAGCAGGGAGAAGAGGAAGAAGCAGAGGAGCAAGGCAGUGGGGAUGAGGAGGGGCGAGAGGAAGUCGCUAGAGUUGAGGCAGUGGGAGGGGAGGGGGUGUGGCAGCGGCUUAUGGCAAGGCGAGUGCGGCAAGCAGCCUGCAAGGCACAUGUGCUCUCCACGCCCCUCCCAUCGUGGACUGGCCGUCAUCGCAUGCCUGACCUCCCACUCUCCCCAUCCGGCUAUCCUCCCUCCUCGUUCUCCCCAACCACUUCCUCCUUCUCUUCCUCGUCUUCCUCCUCUCCCUGGCUCUACCCCCCCUAUCGCAGUGCCUCCUGGCCCCUUACCUCCUCCUCUCACUCCUCUCGCUCCUCUCGCACCUCCUCCUCCUCGUCGUUUUCCUCAUCCCCCUCCUCCUUGUCCUUCUCCUCCCUCUCCUCCUCCUCUCCUUGGGCCUACCCACCCUACCGCAGUGCCUCCGUGCCACCUGCCUCCACCUCCUCCUCUCCCUUUCACUCCUUUCGCUCCUCCUCCUCCGCCCUUGUUCCCCUCCACGUGCCUUCCCCACCAACCCUCUCACAGUUUUCUGCAUUUAACCAGACACCCAUCCCCACCACAACAAACCCCCGCUCCUCUGCACCCACUGCCAACCCCUGUCUCUCACCCGCCUCCCCUGCCCACUCCCGCCUGCCCUGUCACUCCAGUCACGAGCCUACCGCCCCAGGAACCCCCCUUUCUAGUGCCCCCACAAGCUGCGACUCUCUGCGCCCAGCCCUGCGCACGAGCCCACGCUAUCAGCAAGGCAGAGCGGGUCAAUCUCCGGCUUUGAAUCGCAGUGUGUCAUGGGCUGACGCACAGGGGAAGGCUCUGACAGAGGAGCUUCAGUUCUCCACGCGCACAUAG